UCCCUCCUCAAACACGAGAUUAUUUUUAUUGCGUAUUCAAACAUGGAGCUCGCCUGCACGCUAAUUCUGGGUUUGAUCGUCGUGGGUCUGCUGUUCUUGUUUGUCCAGAGGGAGUCGGCUCGUUACGCUAAAAUGCCCCCCGGACCGACCCCACUCCCUUUAAUCGGUAACUUACUGCAGGUGAACGGCAAAACUCCACAUGAGAGUUUUAUAAAGAUGAGCGAGACCUAUGGACCCGUGAUGACGGUGCACAUGGGUUCCCAGCGUGUGGUGGUUCUGGUCGGCUACGACGCGGUGCAGGAGGCGCUGGUGCAGCAGGCUGACGUGUUUGCCGGGAGGGCUGUAUCGCCGCUGUUUAUGAGAAUCACCGGGGAUUUUGGGUUGUUCCUAAGCAAUGGAGAUCGCUGGAAACAACUUCGCCGCUUCUCAAUUUCCACACUGCGGGAUUUUGGAAUGGGAAAGCGCAGCAUUGAAGAGUGGAUACAAGAGGAAGCUAAACACCUCAUUGAGGAAUUCAGAAAAACCAAAGGUUCUCUUUGUGAUCCUACCAUAAUUUUGGGCCGUGCUGUAUCCAAUAUCAUCUGCUCCAUUGUCUUUGGUCAGCGAUUUGAGUAUGAGGAUAAGCAGUUUAUACAUCUGAUAUCGCUCCUUAAUCACAAUAUGCGUUUAGUCAGCACCACCUUCGCACAGUUGUAUACCAUAUUUCCUGUGCUCAUGGAUUUAAUGCCUGGACUUUACAAGCAGAUCUUAAAGAUUGCAAACAAAAUCAAAGAAUUUACCUCAGAAAUGAUUCAGAAUCAUAAAGAGACACUGGACAGUGACAGCCCACGGGAUUACAUAGACAGCUUUCUCAUCAGAAUGAAGCAGGAGAGUGACAAUUCUGCCACAGAGUUCCACUUUGAAAACCUGAAUAGCACAGUUUUAAAUCUCUUUACGGCAGGAACAGAGACCACCAGUACAACUCUACGAUAUGGACUGCUGAUACUCAUGAAAUACCUUCAUAUCCAGGAAAAGGUCCAGAAGGAGAUUGAUGAUGUGAUUGGACGAGACCGUGCCCCUGUCAUGGAGGACCGCAGGAAAAUGCCAUACACUGAUGCUGUCCUUCACGAAAUCCAGAGGUUCAUUGACCUUGUCCCUUUAAAUGUUUUACAUGAAACAACAAAGGACACUGUCUUCAGAGGCUACUCUAUCCCUGAAGGUACAGUGGUGAUUCCUGUCCUUCAUUCAGUUCUGUUUGACAAGACCAAGUGGGAAACUCCUGACUCCUUCAACCCUGGUCACUUCCUGGAUGAAAAUGGCUGCUUCAAACUGAAUCCAGCUUUCAUGCCUUUUUCCGCAGGAAAGCGUAUCUGUGUAGGAGAGGGUCUGGCCAAGAUGGAGAUCUUCUUGUUCUUCUGCUCUCUGCUGCAGAAUUUCUCUUUUCGCUCCAAGGAGGAUCCUAUGAAUAUUAACUUGAGGCCAACUCCCUCCGCCUUUGUUGUAAGUCCCCAGGCAUACGAGCUAAUGGCCAUCCCACGAUAGCAAGAGAGUGAUGGAAGAACUAAGAGAUGCUUGAAGUAUAGCAAGUUCAACAAUUUCCGAUCAUAUUUAUGCUAAUUUAAAAUACUAGCUGAUUUCAAUCUUAUAAUAACUUUGAAUUAGUUUUAAUAAGAAAGUGUCCCAAAAUGACUACUACAAUUUAAAAUGAAUUUGUUAUUAUCCAUUAAAGGUUUCAUUAUUAGAAAUGGUUCAAGCAAAUUCCUAUUCUUUACUAAGAUCUAAGAUUUUAUUACAAAUGACAAAGAGAGGCAUUACUCUCUAUCCACUCACUUUUUGAAAUAAUCCUUAUUCCAUUUCUGGGUUGUUGAGAUGGGUGGUUCCUGUUAGUGUUAAGUACAAGGUAGGAACCCACCACCAUUACCACAUCAGUUUACUGCAUGGCACCCUCGCUCGCACAUUCACACUCAAAUACAUGGUAGGAAGUUAUUUUAGAAUGUAAGGUAUUGGCCUUUACACCCAAAGACAGUUGGUCCAGUUCUCACCUCCAACUCACUGUAUGCCCAUCCUGAGUAAAUCUCUUUAACUACCUGUACCCUUAACUAUGGAAAAAAGUGAAAAGAGCUUUGUGUUGGUGCAUCACUAUGGAAAAACACUAUACAGUGAUCCCUCGCUAUAUCACGCUUCGACUUUUGCGGCUUCACUCUAUCGCGAUUUUUUCUCAUA